AUGGCCUCCAAACCGCCGCCCUCGUCCGCCUCCCUCUACGGCAUCCAGCGCCCCAAAAACACCGUCUCGCAGAAAGACCUGACCUCGUCGUCCACCCUCGCCUUCACCACUCAUCUCUCUUCGUUAAUCAACAAAGAAGCCGCGUCAAAACAGACCGGCGGCGCUGGCGAAGGAUCCUCCGCCAUCCGCGGGCGUGCUCGCCCCUCCAAGACAUCAAAGUCCGACAUCUUCUCCGUCCAUAACAAGGGCGCACAGAAGCGCGCGGCGGUAGAUGAGGAGGACGACGACAACCAUGCACUACAGCAGACCCACAAGCGGACGGACGACAUCGGCCAGGUGGAUGCGGCGACGCUGCACCGCUCCAAACGCCGGAUGGAGGAGAAGGCGCGCCUGUACGAGGAUCUGAAAAAGGGCUAUCAUCUGGCGGAGGACAGCAGCGACGAAGACAACAGCCGGGACGACUACGUCGCGAGGAUGCGGAGGAAGGAGAGGGAGGCUCUCGUCGAUUUCGACCGCAAGUGGGCCGAGGAAGAAGCCGCGAAGAGGGAGCGCGGAGAAGACUCUGACGCGAAUGAUGAAGAAGAUGAUGAGGAUGCGGAUGAGGAUGAGACGGGAUCUCUGGUCGAGUAUGAAGACGAGUUCGGCCGCACGCGGCAGGGCACGAGGGCAGAAGCCGCACGCGCUGCGCAGCUCAGGAGACAGCAACAAGGGGAGCAGGGUCAAGAGUUGCGCGAUAGAUCCCGGCCUGAGCGACCAGCAAACCUCAUCUACGGCGAGACGAUCCAGACGGAGGCGUUCAAGCCCGAUGCGGCCGUGGCGGCGAAGAUGGAGUAUCUCGCCUCGCGACGAGACCGGUCCCCAACGCCGCCAGAGGCGACACACUACGACCCGGACGCCGAGGUGCGGACGCGCGGCACGGCCUUCUACGCCUUUUCGCGGGACGAAAAGCAGCGGGAGAAGGAGAUGGAGGAGCUCAUGAACGCCCGCAAGGAGACGGAGCGGGAGCGGGAGGCGCGCAGCGAGCGGAAAGCCGAGCGGGAGCGACUCAAGGAGGAGCGACGAAAAAAGAUCCAGGAGCUGCGGGGGAAGCGCCAGGCGGAGCGAUUCCUCGAGGGACUGGGCCAGGAUCUGGCACAGACGUAG